AUGUGGCUUUUCAGAAGAAAAGGGCCUUCUGGAUUUUCUUCAUCCUCCACUGCCGAGGAAGUUACCAAUGGGAUUGACGGCUCUGCUCUCACCGCCAUUGUUACAGGGGCAUCGAGUGGGAUUGGUUCCGAGACUGCUCGUGUUCUUGCUUUACGCGGUGUACAUGUCGUGAUGGGUAUUAGGAAUAUGGCUGCAGGAAAAAAAGUCAAAGAAACCAUAAUUAAGGAAAUUCCUAAAGCUAAAGUUGAUGCAAUGGAGUUAGAUCUGAGCUCAUUGGUAUCUGUUAGAAAAUUUGCAUCAGAGUUUACUUCCUCUGGUCGCCCAUUGAACAUUUUGAUUAAUAAUGCAGGUAUAAUGGCACCCCCUUUCAAGCUGUCUAAAGACAACAUAGAGUUACAGUUUGCCACAAACCACUUGGGACAUUUUCUUUUAACAAAUUUAUUGUUGGACACGAUGAAAAAAACAGCUCACAAGACAAAAAGAGAGGGGAGGAUCGUGAAUGUUUCCUCUGAAGCUCAUCGAGUUUCAUAUGAAGAAGGAAUUCGUUUUGACAAACUCAAUGAUCCGGAAGGGUAUUUAAAAUGGGGUGCAUAUGGCCAAUCAAAACUCGCUAAUAUACUGCAUGCAAACGAGCUAGCAACACGUUUGAAGAAAGAUGGAACAAACAUUACUGUAAAUUCACUUCAUCCUGGAGUAAUCACAACCAAUCUUUUCCGCCAUCUUGGUGCUUUUGAAGGUCUUGUGAACACAUUUGGUCGACUGGUUUUUAAAAAUGUUGAACAGGGAGCUUCAACCACAUGUUAUGUGGCAUUGCAUCCACAAGUGAAAGGGAUAAGUGGUGAAUACUUUUCAGACAACAACUUGGCUAAAGCAAGUGAACAAGCUGCAGACACAGAUUUGGCUAAGAGACUAUGGGACUUUAGUCUGGACUUGAUGAAAAGAUAA